ACGCUAAGGGAAAGCACAGGAAGUGUUUGGCCAGGACCGGAAGUUCCGGUGCGGGGCGCGAAGGCGAGGGAGAAAGCGCGCGGCAGCGGGUGGCUGGGCCUGGCUUCUCCCGCCGCUGAAGGGAACCGGAGCCAGAGAGAAGCGGCGGCGGAGGCGACAGUAACUCCCCAGCGCAAUGGCCGACAGCGACGAUGAGUAUGACCGCAGGUGCAGGGAUAAAUUCCGGCGGGAGAGGAGUGACUACGAUCGCUCUCGGGAACGGGAUGACAGACGGCGAGAUGACUGGAGCGACAGGGAGUGGGACAGGGGUCGAGAACGUCGGAGCAGAGGCGAAUACCGUGAUUAUGAUCGGAACCGGCGAGAACGGUUCUCUCCACCUCGCCACAAGCUGAGCCCUCCACAGAAACGUAUGCGGCGAGACUGGGACGAGCACACGGCAGACCCUUACCACACUGGGUACGAGAUGCCCUACACGGGGGUCUCCACUGGCCCCACCUACGGACCUCCCCAGCCUUGGGCUCACCCAGAGAUGCACGUGACGCAGCAUCACAUCUUGCCGAUCCAAGCCAGGUUGGGGCACAUUGCAGAGGUGGACCUGGGCAUCGCUCCUCCCGUGAUGAAGAGUUUCAAGGAGUUUCUCCUGUCUUUGGAUGAUUCCAUCGAUGAGACUGAAGCGGUCAAGCGCUACAAUGACUACAAGCUGGAUUUCCGGCGGCAGCAGAUGCAGGACUUCUUCCUGGCCCACAAGGAUGAAGAGUGGUUCCGGUCCAAGUAUCACCCGGACGAAGCCGGCAGGAGGAAGCAGGACUCCCACAACGCUCUUCAAAACCGCCUCAAUGUCUUCCUGUACCUCAUGGACAAUGGCUGGUUUGAGGGCUUGCAGCUGGACAUCGACAAAGCCACCGCCAUCAUCAAAGUCCUGGAUGCCGCUGUCAUUAAGAUGGAAGGAGGGACCGAGAAUGACUUGAAAAUCUUGGAUCAAGAGGAGGAAGAGGAGCGGCAAGAGAAGGCCGAGUUGGCGAAAAAAGAGGAGGGCCGGCUCUCAGAGACAGACCGCAAAAGCACAGAGAAGGAUGACAAGAAAGAGGAGGCCAAGAAGACCAGUGAUGAAGAGACCGGAGAGGAUAACGCUAAGAAAGCUUCGGAAGAGGAGGAGAAGCAAGCAGAGAAGAAGGAAGAGCCAGAGAAAGAAGCAAAAAAGACCAGCCACAAACGCAAGAGGAAGCGCAGCGGGGAUGACAGCUACGACGAAGGCAGCGUUUCCGAGUCAGACUCUGAAUCAGAAAGUGGCCGCCCAGAAGAGGACGACAAAGAAGAUGAAAAGCCUAAAGAGGAGAAAGCUGCCACUAAAGAGGGUGAGGAAUCUCCCAAGGCCAAGGAGAAAGAUGGGGAGCCCAAGCCGCGCCCCCUCCACAAGACCUGCUCUCUCUUUGUGCGCAACAUCGCCCCCAACAUUUCCCAGGCUGAGAUUGUGGCGCUCUGCAAAAGGUACCCUGGCUUUAUGAGAGUGGCUCUAUCAGAUCCCCAGCCAGAAAGGAGGUUUUUCCGAAGAGGUUGGGUCACCUUUGAUCGCAGCGUCAACAUCAAGGAUAUCUGUUGGGACCUCCAGAACAUUAGGCUGCGGGAUUGCGAACUGAGCCCCGGGGUGAACCGUGACCUGACCCGCCGCGUCCGCAACAUCAACGGCAUCACCCAGCACAAGCAGAUUUUGCGCAAUGACAUCAAACUGGCUGCCAAGCUGAUCCACACGAUGGACGACCGCACACAGCUGUGGGGAGCUGGAGAAGCCCGUCCUGCCUCUGAACUCUCGAGCCUUCCUUCCCAGAACCCCAUCCUCAAGAACAUCACUGACUACCUGAUAGAGGAGGUGAGUGCUGAAGAGGAGGAGCUGCUGGGCAAAAGCGGGGAGCCUUCUGAAGAGCCCCCCAAAGAAGGAAAUCCAGCAGAGAUCACCGUGGAGAGAGAUGAGAAACUUGUCAAGGUGCUGGACAAACUCCUCCUAUACCUGCGCAUCGUCCACUCUGUGGAUUAUUACAACACUGCCGAGUAUCUCAACGAGGACGAAAUGCCCAACCGCUGCGGCAUCAUCCAUGUGCGGGGGCCCAUCCCGCCCAACCGUGUCACCCACCGGGAAGUGGCCGAGUGGCAGAAGCUGUUUGAGGACAAACUGACCCCCUUGUUCAGUGUGCGAGAGUCCCUCUCUGAAGAAGAGGCCCAGAAGAUGGGCAAGAAAGACCCCGAACAAGAGGUGGAGAAGUUUGUCACAUCCAACACCCAGGAGCUGGGGAAGGACAAGUGGCUGUGUCCCCUCAGCGGAAAAAAAUUCAAGGGUCCUGAGUUUGUCCGGAAGCAUAUUUUCAACAAGCAUGCGGAGAAGAUUGAGGAGGUGAAGAAGGAGGUGGCGUUUUUCAACAACUUCCUCACGGAUGCCAAGAGGCCUGCGCUGCCCGAGCUCAAGCUCAACCAGCCGCCGAUACCAGGGCAAGGCCUGGCCCCAGGGUUGCCUUACCCUCCACAGGCACCCCAGGGCUUGAUGCCCUAUGGACAGCCCCGACCCCCAAUCCUGGGAUACGGAGGCGGACCCCCUUAUGCUCCUGCCCCAUAUGCGGCUGGCAGAGGGAACUACGACACUUUCAGGGGGCAGGGAGGAUAUCUGAACAAACCCCAAAACAGGAUGGUCCGAGGGGACCCCCGCGCGAUCGUAGAGUACAGAGACCUGGACGCCCCAGAAGACGUUGAUUUCUUUUGAGUGAGAAGCGCUGCCGAGAUGAGUUUAAAUUUCUUUCCCUCCCUUGUGGUCACCUUUUUUUACAAAGGAAUGCCUGUCCUCCUCUCUCUUUCCUCGCCGCGGGUGUUGCUCUCCCCAUCCUCCCCUCCCCAGGACACACUAAACAUGCCCCUCUUGUGUGUAUGCUUCUCAUGUUUUAGUUCCAACUGGAUUUCAAUAAACUCCUCAGUUGAACACCCA